AUGGAUGGAGAGUUAUGCCAGGUGGACAGCAAGUCUCUUUCGGACAUGCGUGGAAAAAAAAACACAGAACAGGCACAACAGGCUAAUGAGGCCGCCAACCAGAUCGGUCGAAAAAAGGCUGCCCCGGAGAGAGACCACUUUUCAGAUUGGACGCCUUGUGAUUGGUCUGUCGAAUGGUUAGCUCGCUUACGUGAGAAAACAGGUAACGACGAAGACCACCUUUGGAAUAUUCAGCUACAACAAACCGGUACGUCCAGCACCGUUGAGCCAAGCCCUGCAUUGGAACAGGAUAGCGUGUUAGAACGCCGAACACUCUGGCACCUCAGUUCUCCGGCGUUUAGCUAA